CAUGCUUCUACUCAUUCAACUCUCAAACUCACCACUAAUUAUCACUUCCAAAUUACAUAAUUUUUAGCAUUAAACAUCAUAAGAAUGCAGGCUGUUCUUACCAUUCCUGUCCUUCCCCUUCUCCUCCCAACACCUUCCAACAACUCUUUUCCCUUGAACUCUUUCGGCUCUCUCUCGUCACGUCGCCCCGCAAUCAAAGCAACCUCCACGGUCGCCUACGACACCUCGGUGGUUGAUUAUAGCUCCGCUGUCUCAGUGUUUCCUGCUGAAGCAUGUGAGAUAAUUGGUGGAGAAGCGUGUUGGGCUCAUAUUUUUCCAGAAGUGAGGCUUCAGCCUCAGCCUCUGGAAAACGCCCCAUCAAACGCCGUCGCUUUGGAAGAUAUUGAUAGAGAAUAUCUUGAUUACUCCGAUUCUAGCACCGUUUUCCUAGGAGAGGCUUGUGAUGAUCUUGGUGGAGACUUCUGUGGAGCAUAGUUUCUAAAUGGCGUUUACUAAUCAUGGCCCACACCCGCAAGAUCCGAACAUGGUUCGGGUCGAGAAAGACAUCUAUUACUAUCUCUAAGAUCGAUCGUAAUUUUAUUUUACGUGCAGUGUGUUAUAGUUAUUGUGUAGUUUAUUCACAUAUAAUGUGCAAGGCUUUUAUUACAUGAGACUUCACUGGCACUGCUACACAAAAAGGUUAUGAAACUAAUUCCUGAGAAGAACUCAUGGGCAA